AUGCUACUAUUUCUUCCACUAACAUCAUCUAACGAUGGCUAUAGAAAUUAUAAAGAUGGCGACGUUAUCAUUGGUGGUCUACUCGACAUCCACUAUUAUGGCACUAGUGAUCAAUGUACUGAGCUUUUUACCACAGGGCUGGGAUACGCGGAGGCUACGAUCUUCACUAUUGAGAAAAUUAACAAGAAUUCCACUAUUUUACCUAACGUGACCAUCGGCUACGACUUAAGGGACUACUGUGGGAGCAAUGCUCAGGCCAUGAAGAUGGCCUAUGACCUCAUGUUCAUAUGCAGUGGCGAUCCAGUACAUAUGUCUAACCAAAACAUUAGCAUCUCCUCCACAGGCUAUGUCAAGGAAACCAAAACCAAGACCAUCUCAGCAUUAGUUGGCCCUGCUGAUUCCGGAAGCGCAGUACUAGUAGGAAGUCUGCUUCAGGUUUUUGGCAUUCCCGCCUUCAGCCAGAGUGCAACAAGCGAUGAGUUGAGUUCACAAAUGUACAAAGACUUUUUCAGAACAGUUCCACCAGACCAAUGGCAAGCGGAGGUCAUAGCAGACAUCCUAGAGCUCUUUAACUGGACUUAUGUGGCGGCUGUCGGGUUGGAUGAUUCUUAUGGACAGAACGGGAUUUCAGCGCUGGAAAAAGAAUCCUACAACCGGAAAACGUUUUGCAUUGCUUUCUCUGAGUAUAUUCCACGGCUAGGCCAUUGGGAUAAAACAAAGCAAACUGUUCUCAAGAUUAAAAGGAGGUCUGAAGUCGCAGUGAUCAUUAUUUGGCUUUAUGGCGGUUACGGAAGUGCAUUUUUUGCAGAAGCAACUGCGCAAAAUCUUGAAGGAAAGACUUGGAUACUUAGCGACGCAUUGACCGCGGGAGAGGCAGUGUUUCUUGACCCUCACUUGACAAUUCUAAACGGCUCCUUGGGAGUAAAGCCACGUGACUAUCCCACUCCCGAAUUUGAAGAGCACCUUAAGACGAUUACCCCUGCCAAAAGCAUUGAAAGAGGCGCAGACUGGUGGGAAGAGUUCUGGAGAUUACAAUUCAAUUGUUCAGCCUUGAAAUCCAAUGACUCUGGGGUCGCACCUUGCGAAGCAAAUCUAACGUUACACCACGCAUUACACAAGAUACGCGGCUCCUUCGUUUCUUAUCUCAUUGACGCUGUAUAUGCUAUUGCACAUGCCCUAGAUAACAUUUACCGCUGUUCUCUUACUAUACAUAGUGCUGGUAAAAGAGGAAAGUGUCCUCCAGUCAAGCCAACUGUCAAGGGACGUGAUCUGGAGAAAUAUCUCAGAAACAUUAGUUUUGACGGCUUGACUGGUAAGGUGCGAUUUGACAAGUUUGGUGAUCCUCUAGGAGCUUCCUACGCCAUCAUAAACUUCCAGCUUGACUCAACCACAGACGGAGCACGCAAAAAUAUUCUAGUUGGAGCUUGGGACAAAGAAAACACGCCCAAACUCAAAGUAGAUUUGUCCAGACUACGAUGGAGAACUCCCUUUACCCCGUUAUCCUCUUGUUCAUCAGAAUGUUUACCUGGUACCAGAAGGGAAAUCACCUCGCCAUGUUGCUGGGAGUGUAUUAAAUGCCCAAUGGGAACUGUCAGUACCAAAGUCGGAUCCACUAGCUGCACUAAGUGUGACCCAGAGACAAAGUCAAACGAAGGGCGCAGUAAGUGUGAAAAGUUACCAAUCAUCAACAUCACGCAUUCAAAUGUCUCGGGAAUUACCAUAACAGUGGUGGCUUCCAUGGGUUAUAUUUUCAUUUUGUUAGUUGGAGGCACCUACAUCAAGUUUUUCAACACCCCAGUCGUAAAGGCCUCUAACAGAGAGAUCUCUUUUCUGUUGCUAUUUGGUAUCUCAGCUCUCUUUAUUUUAGCCGUCCUUGAACUUUCUGAGCCCAGCCAUUCACUUUGCAACGCAACAUAUUUCUGGCGCUAUUUUGGUCUCAAUCUUUGUAUCACAGUGCUCUUUUUGAAAACUAUGCGAAUAGCAAGCGUUUUUGAGGUCGAUAAAGUGGCGCAGUUGUUUACACCGUGUUACAAAACCCUAACAAGGCAGGGUAUUUUUCUCUCAGGUAUGAAUUUAGCUGUCCUUUGUUUAAUGGCCCUGUGGAUCUUUCUUGACCCCCCAAGGCGUAAUAAAGUCAUCCGUGUAGAUGAGUACAUCUUUCUUGCGUGCAAACCAUUUGACACCAAUCUCGGCCUUGCACUGUUCAUCGCAGUCUGUGCUUACAUGCUCAUUGUGGCUUUCCUGUGUACGUAUUACGCUUUCAAAGCAAGAAAAAUUCCCGAGAACUUCAACGAGACAAAAUACAUAGGAUUCUCUAUGUACAUUCUACUGUUGUCAUCGCUGACAUAUUACCCUGUGCUGUUUGCUUUUGAGAGCUGGUACGUGACAAUUGUAUCUUGUACUACGACUUUAGUAACUUCGUUUGGUAUGUUGGGAUGCAUGUUCGGGCCCAGAAUCUACAUUCUCUUUUUCCAAUCCCAGCAAAACACCAUCGAAAAUGUCAGGUCGCAGGUGAUGAAUUUCUCCUUUAGUAAUGUCACGGCAACCAGAGUUUUGCCG